CGCAUGUGUGCCCGUACGUGGUAAGUGCCUUGUGUAUGUGUAUGUGCGUUUCCCCUGUCUUGCUUUUGCUUGGAGGAAUCAGCAGAUUAUUUGCCUUUCGUUCUUGCUUGCUUGCAUUGCUAGUGGGAGGCGUUGUGUGGGAGUUGCGGUUGCUUCAUCAUCGUGCUGCUAUUUUUCCCCCCUUUGUGCGGUGUUGGUUGGUUGUGCGUGUCGUCUCUGUUUCGUUGGUUGGUGCGGUUGGUUUGGUGUGUUUGUGCCACUUUCUCCCUUCCGCAAACAAACACCAAAACACCCCCUUGUGUGUGCCUCCACCACCACCGCUUACAGUGUCGAGCAACACCACCAAGCGAACCCCCCUCUCCUUUCUUCUUCUUCUCCUCCUCCCCUCCCUCACCCUCGCUUCUCUCUUUGACCAACGCGGUUCUCAACACCGCACGACCACCACCACCACUUUGCCGUGGGUUCGUGACCCUGUCAUCGUCGUCAGAACCUGACUACUCCUCCACCGUCGACCAUAUCCAUUACAAACAGAUAGACAGACAGACAGACAGACAAACAGAACAAGCAGCUUCCUGGCUCAUUUCAGCUGUCAACCAGCCUCGUUGCAACUACACAAACGAGAAAGAACCAGCAACAUGGAUACGUUUGCGCUCAACAGCAAGGGCAGCAAGAUCCACAUCACAUACGCGGGCCUGAUUGCGCUUGCGCUGCACACAAGCGAGACGGGUGCGCUGCGCACGGCACAAAUCUACUCGUUUGUGCGCCGCGGCCUGCCCUUUGUGCAGUCCAAGAGCACCAAAGGGUUUGAGAACUCAGUGCGCCACAACCUCUCCAUGCGCACCAGCUUCUACCAAGAAUCUGGCGCCAACGGGUCGUUUGCCUGGAACCACGACUCGCCGCACCCGGAGCACAGGCCGGGCUUGGGCGGACUCUGGCGCCUCAGAGACACAGACAAGCUGCCCGUUCACGGCAGGCGCCUGCUCGAGCUCUACCAGCACCUCGAACGCACCACCCAGAUGGAGGUCGACGACUUUUUCACCGCGAUGCACUUGACACUGGUGGCCGGCACUGCGGGCGCGCAGAAGGCCCGCUCCGGCAUCCCCAUCAUCCACCACCCGGAUGGAACCACAGAACUGGCCACCCGCCCAUCCACCACCAGCAAGUUCAUCGCAGCCGCCAUGGUCGACUCCACAAUCCCACCUCCACCGCCAACAGCGGCGGCAGCAGCGGCUGCCGGCCUGAGCAAGCGCUCAAACUCAAACUCCAGCACGGCCUCCUCUGCGUCAUCGGCGUCACUGUCGGCAUCGGCAUCAUCAGCAAAGGCAUCGUCAGCCAUGGCCCGCUCACCACCGCACCAGCCGCUCGGAGAGGCAAGCAACGCCGCAAGCCCCAGCGCCUCCUCCACUUCUUCCGCUUCCGCUGCAUCCCACCACGGCACAGAGCACCGCAGCAAGAAAAGCAAGAGCAAGAGCAAGAAGCAGCACAAGAGAAAGCACCGCCACCGCUCCCCAGAACAGCGCAACACCACCACCACCAGCUCCUCCUCCUCCACCGCUGUCACCGCCACCAACUUUCAGCCAGACCACCUCCACACCAAGCAUUCGCACCACCACCACCAUCACCAGCACCAGCACCAAGGGCAAGGCGUGGCGCUCUUGGAGGACCACGACGGGCCUUCCUCGGGCUCCCGCUCAUCCCCAAACGACUCCCCUCUCAUGCACCAUCGCAACCCCAACAGCUUGAGCUCCACCGACGCACACAGCCCGCCACAGAGCAUGCCACACCUCACCGCUACGUCACCCGCCGGCAUCAGCAACGCCUCGGCCGUCACCACGCCAUCCACCGCCGCACCACACUCCCACGUCUUCCCAACGCUCCCCAUGUUCUCGCAAGCGCUCAUGAACCCCCAAUUCCAGCACAUGCUCAUGCUUCAGCAGCAACAGCAGCAGCAGCAGCGCGGUGCCAAGAUGCCCGGUGGCAUGCGCUUCAGUGCACCGUUUGAUGCGCAGGCCAUGGCCAUGACCGAGGAGCAUGGCGGCGCCCUCCCCACCAAGCGCGCAAAGGUCGCACAUCACCGCCAACACCAGCACCGCCGCCCAAGCGAAGAGCACCCGGGCCAGCAGAGCCAUGCUGGGUCGGACGAGGACGACGCCUCCCAAAACAGCUCCCGUCCUUCCAGCGCAACCGGGCGAAUGACCGCAGCACCGUCGCAGCUGCCACCCCUGCCCCAGCAACAGCAACAGCAGCAGCAGCAGCAGCCGCAGACGCUGCCGGUCAGCGGUGACCUGUCCAAGGCCAUGCCGUUUGGCUCAAACAUGUCUGCGCCCUCGCAGUACCUCGCCUCCUUCUCCCACAACUUCGCCCCGAACAUGCUCAUGUACAACACGGCCGUCUCGCAGGCUGCACCCGUGGCCCCUUCCACGCACGCACGCACCGCUUUCACCCACUGAACAAACGGGGGCGAUGGCAAUCUCGGCAGCUCGUGACUUGCCGUGCGUAGAGCCGACCCAAUCGUCAUUUUCCCUCAACCUAACACCCAAACCUUCAACCUUCACUUUCCUUUCUCCGGCAUUACUCGCUGCCGCCUUUCUUUUUCACACACCCUCCAUUCUUUCCUUUUAUUCAUCAUGCCAAGCCUUCUUGGAACUCGUACUCCCCCAUAAUUGGCGUUUCUCCCCCUUCUCUCUUUGACCGGUUCCUUCCCCAUCCAUUCCGUUCUUCGUUCUCCCAACACACAAGCAAGUGAAGUGCACCCCCCUUUCACUUUUUCUCUUUCUUCUUCUGCUACACUAGGUUGUUGUCAUUAUCCCUUCCCCUUCCCCCCCUUUCCACGUCUCUUCUGUUGCUUCCAUAAUAGGGUGAGCUUGUGCUCAAUCAAUUUCUUUUCAGCGUGCUGGCUGGUGGUGGUGUUUUGCGAUGCUGCUGUCCUCAUGGCGGUGUGGACACAGUGCGCAUUCGUGUCACCACCAUGUUUGCUUGCUCGCUGCUUUUAUUUUUGUUUCCUUUCUUCUUUCGGCCCUUAGGAAUGUAGCUGUUUAACUGGUGUCCUCUCCCCCUUUCGUUGUUGCUGUUGCUGUGAUUUGUGCGCGUGUGUGUGCGUGUGUGUAUGUAAGCGUAUGUGAGCGUGAGCAGCUGGGGCGAAGGCUCAGGCGUGCCCUGUGUCUUUCAUUGUUCGGACUUGCCGGCAUUGGCUGCGUCAUCGGCACGCGUGGUGUGUGCGUGCGUGGUUUUGCUUCACAGCGUGCUUGUUGUGUAUUCGCUGGUCGACCACUCUGUGGGUCUCUUCCACGCUGUAGCCGCAAAACACGCGUGCUUGCUUGCAUGCAGCCUGCUGUUCAACCUGCAUGCUCGUGCACGUGUUUGGUGCACUCUGCACGCUGCUUGACUUGGUUGUUCAGACGCUGUGUCCCGGGCUUCCCGUUGCCCCUCGCUUGUUGUGCUGCUUUUUUCUUCAUGUCGUUGAUCAAGCGUGCGUGGUCUAAUUGGUUACAUGGAUGGAUGGAUGGUGCUUCUGCGACACCCAUCCCUGCCUUGUGGCCCUGUACUAUGCCCUCGUUGUGUCUCGUGUGCAGCGUGCUGCUUUACAGCUGCAUACGACGAACGACGCGUUUUUGUUGUUGUUCGUUUCUUCUUAUCUUUCGUGUUUGUGUUGGAUGUUGUCGUUUGUAGUUGAUGAACAUCAACGCAACCAACCAACUGCCUCUUGUUUUUUUCCUCUCCCCCUCUCCCUCCGCCUCUGUUGUGCCCCGCCAACCCAGCCGACACAUGGACUGUCCCGCUGCGUCGCCUGUACCCAACUGUGCAAGCAGCAGACCUCCUUCCUUUCUUUCCUUUCGUCAACCACGUUUUCCCGAUUCGACUUACAACUCCUUGCGUCUUUGUUGAUGCCACACGCUUCCGUGUUGGUUGCUCUCUUCCUCGUUCCCUUGUCCUCCUUGCCUUCCUUCCUUCCUCCCAAACCACACAACCACCUCCUUUUCUGUUGCCAUUGUGUUUGUUUGUUGGCUCGCACACUCUUUUAUUGCGCGGUGGUUGUGGCUCUUGAGGCACGAGUGGGGAGAUGGGUUUUGUUGCUGCCGUUGAUUAAACGCAUCAUCGUCACCUU